CUCCGCUAAACCGGAGGGAGUGGCUCAGCCCUACGUGGGCGAUUCAACCUAAGUACAGAACAGGUGCAUCAAGAACAACCUCACAGUGAUCCCGCGUAGGCACGCCUAGGCUCGGUAUUUUCAUCCCUCACUUUACGCACUCUCAUAGUCCCGGAAGAGCUUCGAUUGUCUAGAGCAGCGCUGCGAUCAUUGAAUGCGCUACAUUGCCAUCGCAUGGUCACAUUAGCUUGAUGCACUUCAGCCUGGCAUACAUGAAUUUCUUCACCUUUUCCUAAUCAUAUUUACGGUGUGGGUACCGUCGAAUAUAUCUCGAUUCCAUCAUAACAGCCUCUGGACACGCCGACUUCCACCAUAAUCCAGCCAUGGAUCUCGCUAAGAUCUUGGUGCGCAGUGUUGUACGCGCCUUCUACGAUAUCGAUGCCAUCGUGGUCAUUGAUGCCCUAGUCAAUCACUCAGCCCUCUCCAUCUCUGACCUAGCCACGGUACUUAUGGAUGGUAACAACCAGAAGAAUGCGCAAAAGAUAUGUGGAAAGUUGCGUGAGGGCGGACUAAUCUCUGUUUACGUGCGUCAAGAAAUCAAAGAGGGCGCAAUGAAGCCGACAAACAAAGAAUAUUUCUACAUAGACUACCGACGGGCGAUCGAUGCGACCAAAUACAGAGUUCAUAUGCUGGACGAACGAAUAAAGGCUGAAAGCAAACCAACGCAAGAGAAAAAGGAGCUGCAAUGUCCCACAUGUCGCGCGGAGUACACCACAAUGGAGGUACUGGACAGCAGAGACUCCUUCAAUAUGGGUAGCGGUUUCACCUGCAAAAGAUGUGGCAGCGUCUUGAAGAUGAUUAAUACAGACGGAGACGCUAUUCACGAUGCAGAUGAUACGCCGGCGAAGUUCAACAAGCAGUUUGGCCGACUCCUGAACCUACUCCAGCAGAUCGACAACACGUCCAUCCCACCCAGUUCCGGAGAAGAGGCGCUGGCCAACCAGUUACCCGUCCCGCGUGCUACAAACAACCCCGGAGCGAAGCCAGCUACAGUCGUGGUCCAGCCACUCAAGCCUACCGCCGUCAAAGGAAUAACCAGUGGACCCGAGAAGCUCGACAUCAACAUCACCGACGACGCAUCUGUGACUGCCGCAGAACAGGCCGCAGCCGCAGCACAGGCCGCAAAGAUCGCACAACAAAACAUUCUUCCAGAAUGGCAUACGCACUCCACUAUUACUGGCGAGAGAGCUAAAGCUGGCGUGCAGCAGACAGCGACACCGGAGACACCAAACUCAGCACUCGGCCUCCGCGCAGGGGAAGGCGACGUCGAGGAAGACAAGAAGGGCCCUAGCGGAGACGCGACCUUGGACGAAUACUUUGCCUCGCUAGAAGCAGAGCAAGAAAGAAAGCAACUAGAGGGCUCGGGCUCCGAGGACGAUGAGGACGACGAUGAUGAAUUCGAAGAUGUGGUGCCCGUGCCGCCGGUCGUGUCGGCAGAUAUCGCACGGGAAGCCAAGAGAGUGAAGACUGAGGCAAAUGGCACUGAUGGAACAUCAACACCUACUGUGCCGGCCCAGGAUGACGAGGGCUCUGGAUCCGACGAGGACGAAUUCGAGGACGCCAUUUGAUGAUGAUGUUGCAUAGCGAAGGCGUUUGGGAAGGUGGCAUUGUGUGGCGUUACACGGGUGCUACAGAAAGUAUGCAUUCUUGGGAGCAUUACUUUACUUAACUUGUAGCAUACCCCGAGUUUCUAUUUCUAUCAGUAACAGGGCAAAAGUACAAAGAAAUGGCAGGACCAGACUGACCAUCAACUCGGGUAGCCCGCCAUUAGUCGACUUAGCAGCUGACCGUAUCAGGCAAUACUACCACUACAUAUUCACUAUUAAAUGCUAUUCCAUAUUAUAUCAC